GUGACGCCAGUGAAGUCAUUGCGUUGCUUGACGUGCGAGAGAGGCGUUGAACCCAAACUCGGGCCUUCAGAAACACACAGACGGGGAGAGACGCGUUUGACGGCUUACGGUGAUCCUGUGAUCAGUGAAGAAGCGCAAAAAUGAACGUGUUUGAUCGCAACAUCAACUUCGACGCUCUCUUUAAGUUCUCUCAAAUCUCACGCUCCACUCAGCAGCACCUGAAGAAUGUCUAUGCCAGUCUGGCGGUGUGUAUGCUGGUGGCCACGGCCGGCUCCUACAUCUACGUCAUCACCAGAAUCUUCCCGGGUGGUCUGACCAUGCUGGGCUCUCUGGCCAUGAUGGCGUGGCUGGCCAUGACGCCUCACAGCCCGCAGACGGAGAAGAAGAGGCUGGCCAUCCUGGCAGCAUUCGCCUUCUUCACAGGUCUGGGACUCGGCCCGCUUAUGGACUACGCCGUCAGCAUUGACCCCAGCAUCAUCGUGACAGCGUUCCUGGGCACCUCCAUCAUCUUCAGCUGCUUCACCCUCAGUGCGCUCUACGCCGAGCGCAGGAGUUACCUGUUCCUCGGAGGAACUCUGAUGACAGGACUGACGGUCCUCCUGCUCGUCUCCAUCCUCAACAUGUUCUUCGGCUCCGUCAUCAUCUUCAAGGCUCAUCUGUAUCUGGGUCUGCUGGUCAUGUGUGGGUUUGUGCUGUUCGACACUCAGCUCAUCAUAGAGAAGGCAGAGAUGGGGGACAAAGACUACAUCUGGCAUUGUGUGGAUCUGUUUCUGGACUUUGUGACCAUCUUCAGAAAGCUGGUGAUCCUGCUGUCCACGAACGAGAAGGAAAAGAAGAAGGAGAAGAAGUGAUGUGGAGCGCAGCGGACGCGUCUGUGAGCUGAUCAUUGUGAAUAUGAUGACACAGUUGGAUUAAAUUGAGGUGAUUUGAUAUGGUGUCUUAAUUUUAUUUUUGGAUAAUUGUUACUGGGCUUUGAAUAUGUGGUCGGGCUGUAGUGAACUAAUGCUGAUUCUGAGUCCUAUUUAAACUUUCUUUGACUUAACUUGGAGAGCUGAUCUUAAACCAGCCCCUGCUUUAAUCAUUUAAUGUACAUAGCUUUAGUUGAGGUUUGAUUGAGUUAUUAUUGAUGGAAGACUUUCUAACCCUGUGAGCUGAACACCAUCAGGAGCACCUCCUCAUCAUUACAUGAUCCGCUUUGAAGGGCUUCUUGCUUUACUUCAUUGAGAGAAUUUUUUGUUGCCAAUGUCAUAAUAAUAGAUGUUUAUUUUGCUGUUAACGCCAGUUUAUUUAGGGUUAUCAUUAUUGUUAAUGCAUUAAUCAUUCACACAUCAGAUGAUUUAUGUUCUUCAUCAAUAUUCUGCUUCUUGACUCAAUCAAUAAACUGAUGCCACAGA